AUGCCUCCCCCCAAGACUCCUUUCCACAUCGAUGCUCUCCUCGCCGAACCCCCACGGCCCGGCCACGCAGCCCCCGGCCCGCCGCCUCCCAUCCCUCUCCCCAUGCCGGGGCCGGGAGCCUGGAGCUGGGGCUGCCGCUGGGGAGGAGGUCUGGAGUUGUCUCACUGCACAGGGGCCGACCCACUGGGCCCUGCUGUGCCUUGGAGGUCCGGAGGGCCCUGCAAAAUGAAGAGGGUGCGCACAGUCUUCAAACCAGAGCAGCUGGAGCGGCUGGAGCAAGAGUUCCUCAAGCAGCAGUACAUGGUGGGCACAGAGCGAGUGGACCUGGCUGCGACACUGCGUCUCACAGAGACCCAGGUGAAAGUCUGGUUCCAGAACCGGAGGAUCAAAUGGAGGAAGCAGAGCAUGGAACAGAAGAAAGCAAAGCUGUCACAGUUUGGGGUGAUGCAGCCUGCCUCUGCUGGCCCCACAGAUGUCAAGGAGCAUGAGGAGGACACAGUGGACGUUGAGCUUUGA